GGGACGCGCUGCCUGUGCGGACUGCGACAUUGAGUGACAGAGGCUGGACGACUUCAGUGUGCUCGCUGCCUCGCACUGCGCUCCGCGUUUAAUCGUGCACGGCCUCGACGGGAAUCAUCGACUCCUCCUUGUCAUAGUGUCGCUUAGACCGCUGUCUCGGAGGUGAAAAAUGGCAGUAAAUGUGUACUCAACGUCUGUGACCAGCGAUAACCUGAGCCGCCAUGACAUGCUGGCAUGGAUCAAUGACUCUUUGGCCCUUCCUUACGCCAAGGUGGAACAGCUCUGUUCAGGAGUUGCAUAUUGCCAGUUUAUGGACAUGCUGUUCCCAGGAUGCAUUAUUUUGAAAAAAGUUAAAUUCCAAGCCAAACUUGAACACGAGUACAUCCAUAAUUUUAAAGUUUUACAAGCAUCGUUCAAAAAGAUGAGUGUUGACAAGAUCAUUGCAGUGGACAGGCUGGUGAAGGGAAAAUUCCAGGACAACUUUGAAUUUGUGCAGUGGUUCAAGAAGUUCUUUGAUGCAAAUUACGAUGGGAAAGAAUACGAUCCCAUUUUGGCUAGGCAGGGACAGGAGGCAGGACCUCCUCCCAACCCUGGCGAGCAUCAAUCUUUCACCAAACAGAAAAGGAUCAUCACGGCUGUGCCUCAACGGAUGGCACAGCCACAGAAGCCCAUGCCGCCGCCUGGCCGCCUCCCCACGACAUCACCAGCUGCCCGGAAGAACAUUGCAAAGAACUGGUCUGGGGAUGCUGAAGCACAGGUCUAUGAACUGAACCAGCAGCUGUUGGAGCUGAAGGUAACAGUGGAUGGGUUGGAAAAGGAGAGGGACUUCUACUUUGGAAAGCUGCGUGACAUUGAACUCAUCUGCCAAGAGCAUGAGAACGACACUGACCCAGUUUUGCAGAAAGUCCUUGAUGUCCUCUAUGCCACAGAGGAUGGCUUCGCCCCACCUGAGGAUGAGGUUCUUGAUGACCAGCAAGGCCCCGAUGAGCAGGACGAGUAUUAAGGCGACCGCACCCUACCCAAACCCCAACCAUUCCCCUCAACAACCUGCCCCCCCCCCAGCCCCGUCCUCUUUACAUACACUUCUGUACCCUACCUCGACCUUCUAUUCCCUGCUCUUCCUCCCACACUCUACCUCCCUACCCCUCGCUAUCAGAGACCUCCAAUCCCCCACCCCCCCGCAUCUCAACAGCCUGGCACGCUCCAAUUAUCUCCUUACCACAUUAUGUCACUCAGUUAACGUUUUCACGGAUCACGCACUCAGCAUUAGCCCGCUUGCCUUUUAAAAUAACGAGUCAAUGGACAGAAAUGUGCAGGUAUUGCAUAAACACUAAAAUUGUCAAUGUAUCCAUCCUUUACACAUCCCUGGUAAAAAAAAAACAAAUGUCGCAUGUACUUUUCAAUUUAAAAUUCCAUACAUGUUGGUAAAUCACUUUGACAAUUGGUGCAGAAUGAUUAGCCUAUUGAUAUCUCUGGGCAUGGCACAUAUGCAUUAAAUUGAUAGGUUUCUUGUGAUGUGUUAUGUUUUAACCCAAAAAGAAUGAUGAACCUACAUAGUGCCAAAUGGCAGAGCUACAGACACAGGCCAGUAUUUUGCAACUGGAAUAGUUAAACCCCUGCCAUUCACUUGAUCCUCCAGCUGCUUGCAAAUAUUUUAAUAUAUUUAAUGUACAGUGGAAAUUAUUUUAAACUUUAUUUUGGCGUUGCUUUCUUUAGUUUUUAUUUAUUACAAUAAUUCAACAACAUGUUAACGGAAAUGCUGAUUGUAUGCUAAAUCACCAAUUAGAUCUACACUAUCUUUGAACACUGUUUUGCUGAUGUUUAUAAUUAAGCAGUGGGCCUUACUAUACAAACACCAGAUUACAUUUGUUUAGCUCAAAGAAAUAUCCAAAUGUAUUUGCACGAAAUGAAAUCAUUUGGUGCACAACACCUGAAUCAUCAUCUUUACCUGAGUGACAAACAGCUAUUAAGGAUGACAAUAGCUAUUUAGGAAUUAGGAUAAUAACAGUAAUGUAUGCCGGUCAUGCAUAACAAUCCCCUUUUGCAGCAUAUUUGAGGUUAAAUACUGACCUUGUCAAAUACUUGUAAGGACAGUUUCCCAAACAUGAUUUAGUGUUUUGUGAUUUUUGCAAUUUCAAAUUACUUUAAAGUUUGUAAAUAGUUUCUUAGAUGUUAAUAUUUCCUCCCAAGCUUGCUUGAAUUUUUUUCUCUCGCUGGCUGUGUAUGUGUUAUUUACGUGCUGUCUUUAUUACAACAAUAAAGCUCCUCGGAUGCUUCAUCAGGCUUUGUUUGCAUGUACAAAUUCGAUGGCCGCGCCUGUAUUUAAUUUUGAAUAAAGUGUGCUGCUAAAAAAAG